CUUACCAACUAGGGAAUUCACGAUUCAGUCCAGGGGGGCCGCCUCUAUGCCAACACAGCUUUGGUCAAGGACUUCCCCAGUCUCUGUAGAAAUUGCAAGGUUCAAAUCUUUACGUAUUCAAUUUGAUGGGAUUUUUGACAGAUGCAAAACCUCGCUUCGAUCGCGAGCGACGCAUGAAAAAACGGACGUUUCCGAGCGCAGGGCGACCAGCCCUAAGUGGUUCCUUUCCGCCCUGACUACCGAAUAAAUAAAUGCAAUUGGGUGGCUCGGCUGUCGCCCAGCCCGGACCUGUGGUCCUUGGUGUUUUGCACUGCCCAGCCCUUCAUCGACUUUGGGAGUUAGGCCGAGCUGAGACUACCCAAAUACCCCCUUACCCAGGCUGGAAAGGGUUGCUCCAUAGGCAAACUCCAUAUCAAAAACCGAUCGCCGCCCCUUGCCGCUGCUCCCGCGCGCUUCUACACCCUUUGUCACACCCAAUCGUUAACGCAACCCCGAAUAAACAAAACCCAAUCCUCUACAGAAGGGACCAAAGGCGACAUUGAUCAAGAUGGGGAACCCUUUCGCCUUUGGGCACGAUGAAUUCGACUCUUCAAACCGCUUCGUCACUUCGUGGUUUCUCCCACCCUGGGUUCUGUUCGCAUGUCGGCUGCUAUUUGGCCUCUAUGCGCUAACGACCCAGUUUGUCUCGAUCGGCACCCAGGUCGCCCUCGGCCAGUCUGCCGAUGCGACGGCCGAGUUCUCGUACUUCACCGUGCUCACCUACUGGGGCAUCGCGUUCUACCUGCUGGUCUCGGCCGUGCACACGGCCACUUACGCCGCGACUGGCCGUCCUCUGCUUGCCCGGUUCCCGCGCUCGCUCCAGGCCCUGCACUCGCUCUACUACACCACCGUCUCCGUCUACCCCUUCAUAGUCACGAUCGUCUACUGGGGCGUCCUGUACGUCGGCCCCUGGUUCAACACGACCUUUUCCGCCUGGAGCAACGUCAGUCGUCACGCCAUGAACUCUGGCUUUGCCCUGUUCGAGAUCCUCGUCGCGCGCACCGACCUGCCGCCCUGGAUACACCUCUUCUGGCUCAUCAUCAUCCUCUGCCUCUACCUCGCCCUCGCCUACGUGACCCACGCCACCAAGGGCUUCUACGUCUACCCCUUCCUCGACCCCGCCGGAGGUGCUGGCAAGCUCGCCGCCUAUAUCUGCGGCAUCGCGGUCGGCUGCAUCGUCAUCUUUUUGCUGGUCCUGGGUCUCAUCUGGUUGAGGAAAUGGGUGACGGAGCGCAAGCUCGGCAUGCGUGGCAAGCUUUCGUCAAGAGACCGCCCGGCUAGCAGCACGAUAAGCGACCCCGAGACGGCUCAACAUGGAAAGUACGAUAGGUAGACACAGCUUGGCAAGGCGUUUUUUUUCAUAUCUAUAGACGCAUCUACAUUGUAUCAUUUACUAUAUCCUAACCAUGUUUCAUCAUUUUGGAUGCGUUUUCCGAUAUAGACACAAUCGUGCUCACGAAGAUACCCUUCUUACAUUUCAUCAUAAACUUGACUUUAGAAACUAUUCCCUGAA